GAGCCCAAUGAGAUGGCGAAUCUCCCUCCCAUCCGCCGCCAUUACAUCGGUGUGCGUGCUGGGCAGCCCUGUGUGUGUAUGUGAGUGACUGUGAUAGCGGCAGCGAGACGUCUCACACACAUUGGGAGCUUCUCUCUCUCUCUCACACACACACACACGAAAAUAACAGUGAAGACACGGAGAGAUAAAAACACUGCCUGGGAACAAAGCGACACACACCGACAGGAGCCCGCUGGCUAGUACUACUAUCGCUAUUUUUGGAGUCAUGUAAUAUCCCCGCUGUGUUUAUUUAUUUUGUACAUUUUUUUUCCAGGGGAUUGUCUUGUUUUUGUUGUGGGUUGGAGACGCGUAUCUCGCGAGUCCAUCGUUGGUGUGUGUGUGUUUAUUUUUUACAUUAAACAAAUACAUAUGGAAAUAUGUGACAGACUGGCGUCAUUACCGCUAGUAUUAAGUAAUUGUUAUUACCCCCCAUCCUCGUCGUGCUUUAGGGGUUAUUGUUAAUUUCUGGGUUCCUGAGGCGCUGGAGGACGUUUCGUCAUGAUGAAUUGAAAGGAAGGAAGGCUUUUUUUUAACCUCGUCUGGGUUUUUUUUGCCUUUCUCCUGAUGUAGACUAACAAGACUUUUUUUUGGGAGGAAAAAAAAGAAAGAAACAGAAACUGGAAUACAUUUUUGGAGGGAGCUGGGGUUAUUUUUCUGGAACUGGACCACAGAAACAAAAGCUUCCACAUUCGUGUUUCUCACUGUUUAUUUAUUGGAAAGUGAAACAAUGAUGAAAACAUUUCUCCUUAGCAUCUAACUGCUACGGCAUGGUGGCGGUGAACAAAAAAAAAAAACUAAAAUAACCAAUAAUAUCCGCAAAAACUAAUCGGAACUGAGAUAACCGGGAAUCGGUAUCUAGAUAUUUUUUAUUAUUUUUUUUUUAUAGUUUUUAUUUAUUUACAACAUCAAAACAGUUUUUUCUUGCCGCAAUAAAGAACAGGACCUGUCUUUUUUAAUCGAGCUGAGGUUCAUAUUGUUAAAUCAGCACACAUCUGGGGAUUCCGGGAGUAUAUUGCACACCUUUUGCAAUUUACUGUUUCAGUCCAGCCUUUUGUUUUAUCAUUGAAAAAUACCCUCAAUAUUUAGGACGAACUGGGAUAUCAGAAUAGUUUAUGAAUGGAGUUAUGAACACAAACUAUUUGAAUUUAUUACUAAUCAAUUCCGGAUUUGUUCUUUUGGUCUAUUGUAAUCCAACUCGUCUAGCUACGGCUUGGGGAUUUACUGUUAUUUAAUCAAACCGGCACAAGAUGGACCUGUUUUGGACGGAAAUACACACUGGCUGCCUGUAAGAAUACGGUACUGAAACACGGCACUUUUUGUUUUGAAUCGGUUCGGAUCUGGACCUCCACCACCAGAUAUUAGGAACCUCAGGAAACUCAUUUUGGAUUUACAAAUAUAGUUAGUUUUACUAGUUCUUUUGACACCGGUAUUGAUUUAUAAUACCAGUCUAUUUUGGAUUAUCUUCACCACGGUUUGGGUUCGGUCGCGCAUUUCUGCGUGCUUGUUGUGGAUAUUAUUUAUUUUAGAAUUUGAUAUUCGUGGUGUGAGUGACCCGAUUCGGCUCGGCUCGGUCUCAGUACCGGUCCCGGAUUCCGUCAUGCCCAGCUCUGGCGAGCCGCUUCGCGGAGGAUCAUGACUGCUGCAGCGAAUUGGGUGGCUAACGGGGCGAGCCUUGAGGACUGCCAUUCCAACCUCUUUUCUCUGGCAGAGCUGACUGGUAUCAAAUGGCGUCGGUACAGUUUCCAUGGGAACGGAGAGUGCGGCCCGGUGAUCUCGGCGCCCGCCCAGGACGACCCCAUCCUGCGCAGCUUCACACGCUGUGUCCACGCCAACCUGCUCUGCGUGUGGCGCCGUGAUGUCAAACCCGACGCCAAGGAGCUGUGGAUCUUCUGGUGGGGGGAGGACCCCAACCUCACUGACAUCAUCCACCAUGAGCUGGAGGUGGCGGAGGAGGGGCUGUGGGAGAGUGGGCUGUCUUACGAGUGCAGGACGCUCCUCUUCAAAGCGAUCCAUAACCUGCUGGAGAGGUGCCUCAUGGACAAAAGCUUUGUGCGGAUUGGGAAAUGGUUUGUCAAGCCUUACGAGAAGGACGAGAAAACUGUGAAUAACAGUGAGCACCUGUCCUGCGCGUUCACAUUCUUCCUGCAUGGUGAAAGCAAUGUCUGCACAAGUGUGGAGAUCGCUCAGCACCAGCCAGUGUACCUGAUCAAUGAAGAGCACAUCACCAUCGCCCAGAGCAGAGCUGCUCCCUGCCAAGUGAUUCUGAGCCCCUAUGGGCUGAGCGGGACCCUUACUGGCCAGGCCUACAAGAUGUCUGACCCGGCGGCCCGCAAGCUGAUGGAGGAGUGGUGCUACUUCUACCCCAUGGUGCUGCGCAGGAGAGAGAGUGAGCGGGCCGACGGGGAGCCAGGCUACGACAACAGCAGCCACGUGGCGGUCGAGGUCAUUGUGGGUGGUGUGCGGAUGGUGUACCCCUCUGCCUUUGUGCUCAUUGCUCAGAGCGAGGUGCCUGUGGCUCAGCCCUCCACUAGCGCAGGACUGAGGGACCCCACAGGAUGCAGCAUCCCCCUGACCCCCCCCAGCUCCCCGGAGCAGACCUGCACAGGUGACAGUGGGAUCCAGACCGCGAUCAGCAGCCUGCCAGGACAGGAGCCGGGCAUCAUGACCACCCCCAGCCCCAAGCAUUCGGGGAGAAAACUGGCCAACCAGACUGUUCAGCAGGUGUGGAAGGAGUGCUACCGGAACAGAACGCAGCACAAGAGGACCUUAUCUGGCAGCACAACCCCCGAGGAGGAAGUGCCAGCGUGGGGCUUCACCGACCCUGUGGAGCGAGCGCACUGCUGCUGUUCCAGACACAAACUACAGAAGCAGCGUCAAGCCACUGCAGUAGGCCGCACCCCCUUGAACCCUCAGCCAGGCUCCAACCCCACCCCUCCCGCUGUCCCCUCUCUCCCCCCUCCUGCGCCCCCCAAGCACAAGGCAGCCGACAAACCUGAGAAGAUAGACAAACAGCCCAAGAGACAGGCACUGAUCCCCUUCCACCAUCGCCCCCUCUUCUGUGAAGAGCUCUGCCUGGAUCAGGACCCUAGAGCUGGACCCAAGCUGGGACCCAUGGACCCCCCUACUGAGGUUCUCUCUGACCGCAAGUACUCCAAGCAGCUCCCCCCUCCCAGUAAAGCCCUUGAUUCCCCCCCGCACUCCCCGGCCUCCCCCCUGCCCCCCACCCUCAGCCCGCACCCUCGGGGGCAGGACUCAGAUGGGCGGGAGCCUGGUGUGGGGCUGCCCAUGUACCAGGAGCUGCUGCCAGGCCGCAAGCUGCCCGAUCUGAGUGAGACGGCUUUGUAUGCACCCCCGCUAUGCUCCGGCGAGGAGGGGGGAGGCUGGUGGAGAGGCUACAAGACCCCUAACGCAGAGGACUCCGAGUUCAGAACCCCUGAACUGCUUCCCGACUGCGGAGAGUUCAAAAUGGAGGCUGUGACUGAGGGGGCCGCCCUGAAAAGGCUUUUCGCUCAGCCCCACAAGCGUUUCAAGAUGUGUGAGGAGCGUGUCCGUGAGCAGGUGCAGGCGGGGGCUGAGGGGCUGGGGGACCCCUGUGACCCCUACACCUUUGUGGAUGGAGAGAUCGAGUACAGCUUCACUGCCAGCAAGAGAGGAAGAGGGCAGAGCCAGGAGAGAGACCCCUGCAGGAAGACAAAGGCGGAAGAUGGCAACUCUACCCCAGUGCCCGAUGGGAAAGAUGCUAUGUCAAUUUUUAGUUCUGCUCCUAAGUCAGAGGAGCCUCAGGAGGACAGCGCUGCAGCCAAAGCCAUCCUGAACCCCAGCCUGACCAGGGAGACCGACCUCGUGGUCCUCAUCUCUGACCUGGAGAACAUAUUCGACAACUCGGACUCGGACGAGCUGGGGACCACCUCCCCAACACGCCGGUCCUUGAAGGCUGCCGUCUUGGGAUCUGAAGAUCGCCCCCUGGGGAAAGACGGUAGAACUGCAGUGCCAUAUCAUCCAACAGUGGCAGAUCUGCAGCGCAUGUUCCCCACGCCCCCCUCUCUGGAGCAGCACCCUGCCUUUUCUCCUGUCAUGACGUACCGGGACGCGCUGGGCUCGGAGCCUGCCAAUCUGGCCAGCAUGGAGACCCCUUUGAACACGCUCGCCAGCGCCCCCCUCUCUGCCUUCAGGAUGGAGGUGGAGGAAGGCAUGGCCAGCCCCAAGCCGGAGGAGAUCAAGGACUUUUCCUUUGUGUUCCGGCCGCCCCAAGUGCAGCCCCUCAUUGGUUCGUCCAUGUUCGCCCCCCUGCGGACCCUCCCCAGCCAGUGCCUCCCCCCCCUCAAGAUCCCAGAGUCCUGCUGCUACCGGCCGCCCUGGUCCGUGCCCCCCAAGAUCGAACAGCUGCCCCUGACUCCACACGCCCCCUUCAGUCGAGACGGAUAUGUCAAUGUGCCUAGCGUGGGAAGCCUGAUGGAGCAGGACUACAUUCAGAUGAACACGCCCCAGACCAGCACACCAGCAGCAGUUAACAGUGCAGCCUCUGCCAGCAACACUGCCGUCCAGCCCUCCCCCUCCCCAGCCACCUCUCGCUUCUCUGUGCCCACCCCUCGCACUCCCCGCACCCCCCGCACGCCCAGGGGAGGGGGGGCCGCCAGCGGGCAGGGGUCAGUCAAGUACGACGGGACGGAUCUGUGCUCCCCAGCUUCUACUCCCUCCACUAGCCGACCGCUCAGCUCUGUAGAGCCCUCGGCGCUGGCCCCUCUGCCUGAGGCACACAGCCUGUACGUGGUGCUCAUCCUGUCCGACUCUGUGCUCAACAUCUUCAAGGACCGAAACUUCGACAGCUGCUGCAUCUGCGCCUGUAACAUGAACGUGAAGGGGGCCGACGUGGGGCUGUACAUCCCUGACUCCACACGGGAAGACCAGUACCGCUGCAUGUGCGGCUUCAGUGCCAUCGUCAACCGCCGCCUCGCUCACGCCGCGGGCCUCUUCCUGGAAGACGAGCUGGAUAUCUUCGGCCGGGGCUCGGAGAUGGGCCAGGCGGCUGAGCGGAGACUGGCACUGUGCCACAGGACCUCCCCACUCGGAGACCCCGCCAGCAAGCGCCCUCAAGACCCCCCGGCUGCUCUGCUGGUGCUGCUGCAGGAGCAGUGCUCCCAGCCCCUCUCCUCCCUCAGCUCCCUGGACCUCCCCGCCACCUGCUCCUGCCCCGGCCGCCAGGGGGCUCUCUCGCAGAGCUGGGCUGCUGAGAAGCUGUGGGCGGACGGGAGUGACUCUUGUGUGGAGUGUUUUAAUGCGCUGGAGCAGGGGCAGCAGUAUGUGGAUAACCCGGCUGGGGGCAAAGUGGACCAGGCCCUUGUGAGGAGCAGCGCUUUGCAUGACUGGCCACAUAACAGCGUGCUGGAUGUCAGCGUGCUGUCUUCGCAGGACGUGGUGCGCAUGCUGUUGUCCCUGCAGCCCUUCCUGCAGGACGCCAUCCAGAAGAAAAGGACCGGCCGGACCUGGGAGAACAUCCAGCACGUGCAGGGCCCGCUCACCUGGCAGCAGUUCCACAAGAUGGCCGGCCGCGGCUCCUACGGUUCGGAGGAGUCCCCGGAGCCUCUCCCUAUCCCCACUCUGCUGGUGGGCUAUGACCGGGACUUCCUGGCUCUGUCCCCCCUGGCCCUGCCCUUCUGGGAGAAGCUGCUGCUGGAGCCGUAUGGGGGCCAGAGAGACACCGCUUUCCUGGUGGUGUGUCCUGACAGCGAGGCCCUGAUCAGCGGAGCCAAGAGCUUCUUCAGGGACCUGAGCUCUGUCUACGAGGCCUGUCGGCUGGGGCAGCACCGCCCCCUUGCCAGGGUGUCCCGGGAUGGUCUGGUGCGCGUGGGCUCCCUGUCUCCCCAGCGCCUGGAGGAGGAGCCGGUGGAUGAGUGGUUCAGUCAGCCCUGGGGGAGCAAUGGGGAUGAGGACAACCUGACCAAACUGCGGCUCUACGCACACACCUGCAGACACCAGCUGGCACCUCAGCUUGCAGCGCUGUCACUAGACAGCACCCUGCUCCUGCCUCCCAAACCUCAGCCCCCAACAGCGUCCCCUACAGGCCAGUCCACGCCAAGCUCCCUGCCACCCGCACCACUGCCCACAGGACAUACUUCCACCCCUACCCCCCCAGCCCCAGCGUCCCAGCCCCCCCCACCCACCUCAGGCUCCACUGCAGGGCAGACGGGGACCGAGCGCCCCCAGGAGAACUCCCUGAACACAGAGGCUGAGAAUGGGCAGAGCCUGGCUCCACCAGCAACAGGGCAACACGAGAGCCAGGAGAGCUCUGCAGAGAGGGAGCGAAUCGGAAUCCCCACGGAGCCGGAGUCGGCAGACAGCCACGCCCACCCGCCGUCGAUCGUGGUUUACGUGGUGGACCCCUUCCAGAGCGAGGCUGCCGAGGAGGCGGAGCCUGGCAGUGUGUGGCUGCUGGGACUGCUGCGCUGCUACACUGACAUCCUGCAGAGCCUGCCUGACACCUUGAAGCCAGCCCUAGUACUGCAGCUGGUGCCCUGCCAGUACCUGCUUCAGCCUGUGAAGGAUGAGCGCUCCCACUACAUCCAGCACCUGCGAUCGCUGGCCUUCUCUACCUACUCACAGUGCCGGCGCCUGCUUCCCACGCAGAUACACAUCAAGAGCCUCACUGGCUUUGGACCCGCCGCCACCAUCGACACCGUGCUCAAGAACACAGAGCGGCCCAGUCCUCUGCAGCUGUACUCUCCCCCCUUCGUGCUGGGACCCAUGAGGAACCGGCAGCUGGAGAUGGGGGAGGCAGCGGGGGAGGCUGCCCAGCGCUACAGUGUUCUCUUGGUGGGGUACUGCCUGUCCCAUGACCAGCGCUGGCUGCUUGUUUCCUGCACAGACCUGCACGGGGAUCUACUGGAGACCUGCGUCAUCAACAUCGACGUGCCAAACCGGGCUCGCAGGACGAAGGUUUCUGCCAGGAAGAUGGGCCUGCAGAAGGUCUGGGAGUGGUGUGUGGGCAUCAUCCAGAUGACAUCACAGCCAUGGAGGAUAGUGAUUGGCCGGUUGGGACGUCUGGGUCAUGGAGAACUUAAAGACUGGAGUAUCCUCCUGGGAGAGUGCUCUCUUCAGUCCAUCAGUCGGCAGCUCAAAGAGACAUGUCGGAUGUGUGGGAUCUCAGCCUGCGACUCCCCCUCUAUCCUCAGUGCCUGCCUGGUCGCCAUGGAGCCCCAGGGAUCCUUUGUCGUGAUGCCAGACGCAGUGACCAUGGGCUCUGUGUUUGGCCGCAGCACUGCCCUCAACCUGCAGACCUCUCAGCUCAACACCCCGCAGGACGCCUCUUGCACGCACAUCCUGGUCUUCCCCACCUCCGCCACAACCCAGGUGGCACCCGGGACCUACCCCAUAGAAGACAACCAAGAUGACAUGUUUGACAUCCCGUUCCCGGACGAGCUGGAGAACGACAUUGGGAAUGACAUGAUGCUGAUCACCUCCUCCCCCGUCCCCUCCCCGGGGUCCCCCUCAGGGAUUGGAGGGGGCUCCCACUUCCAGCACAGCCGGAGUCAAGGAGAGAGGCUGCUGUCCCGGGAGGCCCCGGAGGAGCUCAAGCAGCAGCCGCUGGCUCUCGGCUACUAUGUCUCCACUGCCAAGGCUGACAACCUGCCCCAGUGGUUCUGGGCAUCCUGCCCGCAGGCACAGUACCAGUGCCCGCUCUUUCUCAAGGCUUCCCUUCACCACCACAUCUCGGUAGCUCACACAGACGAGCUCAUCUUGAACAAGAACUCCCAAAGGACCCCCCACCCACUUGACUCUAAGACCACCUCUGAUGUGUUGAGGUUUGUCCUGGAGCAGUACAACUCUCUGUCCUGGCUCACCUGCAGCCCUGCCACCCAAGACCGCCGCUCCUGCCUGCCCGUCCACUUUGUGGUCCUCACACAGAUGUACAAUGCCAUCCUGAACAUGCUUUAGCAGAGGGAGAGGGCACGCUGCCCAAUCCUCCAUAUGUAUAUUUAAAAAAAAAAUGAAGACGAUGCCAUUUCUGAGCUGGUAAAGAGGCUCGGUGCACUGACAGGGAAAGCCACACUGGCUGACCAUCUGCACUUAAGUACUUUGAGAGUAAACCCAGCAAGGGCUGCAACCUGCCAAGACAGGGUCCCAUUUGAGGAGGACCAUGCCAUUCCUACUGGACUAAAGAAUGGAUUCAAUCCAAUACAGCACCCAUGGUACUGCCCAGUUCUGUUGCACUAUCCAAUCACAUUUCCAGACAUAGAAAGACACAACUCUAAAACCAAACUCGCUUUUGACCUGCGCCUCCUAAUUGAUGAUGAAAGGUAUGAGAGGCAGGUGAAUUAGUCUGCUAUACCCCCUAGACCCUUAUGGACAUCAGUCAGUCUUUUUUGAGAGAGGCCCAGACUGAAUGGCAGGCAGGGGAUGUUCAGGUACAAGGUGUGUCAGAGUGCCUGCCUCACUGUAACCAGCGCCACUGCCUCUCAACUUUCAUGAGCACUACACUCAGAAGCACCAACGUGAAGGCAAUCUAUAAAAAACAUGUAAUAAACACUUACUCAUCCUUACCCUAGAAUACAGUGUUUUAUUUGAGAAGUUGAGUGUGUGAUUGUUUGCCUAAAGCAAACAUACACAAAACUGUCAAACAUGUUGGCUAAUGCCUUCCUCAGUGUUGUCUUAGAAUGAAUUUGUUUGAUUUUGGCAUGGAUUAUUUCAGCAGAUGGAAGAAAAUUUAGCCAACAAAUUCUGGGCAGGACUGCAGCUAAGUAAUCGAUCAGCAAUCCUCCUGCUCCUGAGACGGGCUUAAACAUAGACUUCUGUGUAACGUCAUGCUUACGGUUGGAUUCAUAAAACUUAGCGUGAGUUUUAAGCGGCUAAAGUCAAACAGACAAACAUUUUACCUUUUCUUUCCACUCAAGACAUCUUGGUUUUGAAAGCUAUUUUAUAUACAGUCUUUACUGAUCACAAUACCAGUGAGAACCCUUUAUCAAAAAAUGGUUUCUUACUAGUACUUUGGUACUGUAACAGUAAUUAAUUGUAGAAGGCCAAGCAUGUUUAUUCAGACUACGGUUUAAUUGUGCCAAAAAGAAAACAGUCUCUGACCAAUAUUAAAGAAGAUAAAUAAAAAUAAAUCAUUAAAUACAGUUUACAAAUGUCUUGGAGAAAUCAGUUUCACCUGUGUUAAAAGUGCUUAUUGCACUAAUUAAACAAAUAGUUGUCAAUUAAACAAAUAAUCUGUCAAGCUAUUUACAGUAUAAGGCAGGUUUCAGUUCAGUCUUGUAUCAGUUAAUAGCCGAGAAUAAUAUAGUACAAAGCAACAAGAAGACUAGUGCACUCCAAUUAACACUCGUUUUGGAUUUCCUUACCUAAGGUAGCAGUAGGUCGUCCAGGAUUAGUGCUAAUCAGGGUCUCUGAAACCAGCCAUUGAGGUUUAGAGGAGAUGGGCAAAUUUUAGCCGCUGCUUUUAUGAAUAUAGCACUAAGUGUUAGGUAGUUGUUGAAAGUCACGCUGAGCUGUAUGAAUCCAGGUGUUUGCAUGACUGUCUUUGGAAACAUGCUUGGACAGGUUACUGUGUAUACUGCUCUAUUCCUCUGCUGUGUCUUGUGUUGUGUGCUUUGACUUCCAGACAAGCUCAAAUCCCAGUAAAGGAAAGUGGCCACCCUCUAUGAAAUCCCAGCCAUGCUAGUUCUGGACUGCUGGCUCACAUGACUGGAAAGCUGUCCGAUAGUUGGCAAUGUUGGUUCAGUAAUCAAUUUAAAAAGUCAAGUGCUUGAUAUCUGCAUUCUUUGGAAUGCCUCAAAUGGGACAUUUGUUUUUGUCAGUGUUGUAAUUAAUAAUGCCAGCCCAAGAACGGUGUUCAUUAAACUCUCAUGGUGAUGUUCUUCCAGUUUUGAAACAGUUGCAGCUCAGAUAUCUUGCACUGCUUACCUUAGGAAGUAUUUUUGAUUUAAAGUGUCGCGACUGUCUUGUGAUACUUGAUUUUUGUGUUCAGCAAGGACCUAAAGAAACAUAAAAAUCAUGGGGAGAUGAACUACAUCUAAUUUGUAAAGUGAUACAUUUGAGGCACUGUGUUUUUUAAGGUGACUCUUAUUAUAUCUAACUGUAGAUAUAAACUGAAAUUUAAGAAGAAAAAAUUGUUGUGAAUAGUGUAAAAUUGACAUUUAAAAGAAUUCUGAGCUAUUUUUUAUUAUUCAAAACAUAAAAAACGAGAAAAAAACACAAGGCCUUUAUUAAAUACAAUUUAAAAAAUAAAGUUAAUAAAUAUUUGUAAAGUAGUCACAUUUGUAUUUUUUAAGUUUUCACUUUUUGUCUUCUUCCUUCCCCGAAUCAAACUUUUGGGUGAAUAGCUUAUAUAUUUUAAUUUCUUCUUGUUGUUGUUAUUAUUAUUAUUAUUAUUAUUAUUAUUAUUAUUAUUAUUAUUAUUAUUAUGAAAUAAUAACAAGGUUAUUAUUUUUUAUUGAAAAUACAUCUCCAUGCUUCUUGUUAUUUAAGAUUUAAGUUAAAGAAACAAAAUCUGUAUAUUUAUAUGUUUUUUGCUGCAAAAAACAAAAAAAUCUUGAUGUUGUUGGCAAUAGAUUUAAGAAAAUAUAUAUUUCAGCAUUAAAAAUGGUAUUGUAUAUUUAAUAAAUAUGCAUUAUUUUAGUGGCGUAAAUCAAAUGAAGCAUUCAAGCCCUGUUAUUAUUUUCAUUUUUACAAACAUUUAUUUCCAAAUAUACUAGCAUGCAUGUAUGUAUAUUUCAGAAUAUUUUUCAAUUUUAAUAGCUGUACAUUUCAUGCCAGUUACAUUUUUCUUUUGUGAUUCCUCUUUUUUGCUGUGGGCUUUUUUUAUUUUUUAUUUUAUAAAAAUAUAACAUUAAAAAUAAGAAACAAAAAAUAUGAAUUUCAUGAGGUUCUUGUAUUGCCGAAACAAGUACACUAAAAAGCAAGUUUGAUACACCUGUCAUCAUUUUAAAUAUCGUUCAGAUCUAUCUUGGGAAAGAGAUAUCUGUAUCUUUUACACUCUUUUUUAAAAAGAAGUAAAUUAUUAAAUUAUCGAAAAA